CGCCCAAUAUCUACCAAUUGUUUAUUACGGUAAAACGAAGAUUGAUUCGGAGAAGAAGAAGACAAAGUGAGAACAGAUGUUCGCUAAUGCUUGCAGGUCUUUCUCCAGAGUUGAUCGGGUUUAUAAACUUGCAAAUUCCUAUGUUCAAUCUAAACCCAUCAUCUUCUAUAAGGGUUACAAUCAGUAUCAUGGUGUAAGUUUUGAAAGAAUUAGUAUGGAUUGUAAAAAUAAGCAAAAAGCUUUCUGGAAACCAGUUUCUACUCAAGCUGUUACUUCUAUUGAAGGAUGCUCGACAAAGGGUGUUACUGCUCAAUCUGAAAAUGAACACAUGGAGAAUGUUGGAGUAGUUGGUACUAGUAAUUCUGUUUCUAGUGUUCUGGAUUGUAAGGAUAGUGGUAAAACCGUAUCCGGGUCGGUCCGAUUAGUAAGUUCGGAUGGAUCAGCUAUUGGAGAAGUGGGGUCGGCAAAAUGCUCAAUGUCAAUGAAGGUAGCUGCUUCCCUGAGGCGUUUUGUUAAAGGAAAAGGAGGAUCUCUCCAGAGAGAAAUUGAGGGAGGGAUGGGUGUAAAAAUAGUUUUUCCUCCUUCUAAGGAGGAGGAUUCCAUCGUUAUCGAAGGUGAUUCCAUGGAAUGUGUAACUAAAGCUUCAAAGAAAAUACAAACAGUACUUGAGAAGGCAGUUAACAGCCCAUUUCUUGAUUACUCCCAUUUCAUAUCUCUUCCAUUGGCUAUCCACCCUGAGUUGGUAGACAAGCUUGUCAACUUCCAGAGCUCCAUACUCGAAAGUGGUGAUUCUACCAAAGAUGGGAAUUUGGCCAGUGAAUCUGAUGGAGAGUCUCCAGAUGAUGGAGAAGCCGAUGAUAGCAGGUUAAGUGUAGGAAAGGAGGUUGCAGUUGAACUUAAAGUUGAAGACAAGAUUGAAAAUGUUGCGGUGGAUGUAAAUAACAAUACACCGAAAAAAUCUAAGUUGUCUAGCUUACCUGAAUUGGGGAUAGAAAAAUCUAUAUUCAUUAAACCAAGCACAUUUCACUUGACCGUACUCAUGCUAAAGUUGUGGAACAAGGAACGAGUUGCUGCGGCUGCUGAGGUCUUGCAGAGAGUUUCCUCUAAAGUAAUUGAUGCUUUGGACAACCGACCUCUUUCCAUAAGGCUGAAAGGGCUUGAGAACAUGAGAGGUUCCCUGUUAAAGGCAAAAAUUCUAUAUAUUCCAGUAGAAGAAAUUGGUGGCGAGGGUCGACUGUUACGUGCAUGUCAAAUCAUUAUUGAUGCUUAUGUUGAAGCUGGUCUAAUUCUUGAGAAGGAUGUUGGACAAACAUUAAAGUUGCAUGCCACUGUGAUGAAUGCUCGGCACAGGAAAAGGAAGUAUAAGACAAGGAGCGUUGAUACAUUUGAUGCUCGGGAAGUCAUGAAAAAGUACGGCUCGGAGGAAUGGGGAGAGUAUCUGAUUCGUGAAGCACAUCUUUCUCAGAGGUUUUGCUUCGACGAUGAUGGAUAUUAUCAUCGCUGUGGGUCAUUUCCAUUUCCUCAAAACAAGUAAGUUGAUCGAUUCUAUGUCAUUGGGGUCGUCCAAAAUUUGCUGUGCUCCCAGCAAAAGAACACAUUUAUUUUUACAUGUACAACUAGUUCAGGGUGCUUCGGUAUUUUUAAUUCUGUAUUUGUUUCCUAGUUUGACUCUUUCAGUGUUUAUAUAAUGCUUGAUACUCAGAUACAUGAUUUUAACUUUAAAAACUAUCGAGUUAUGGUACGUCUAAGUACUGUAUUAUUGUAACUCGAGCUCAUAGUGUGAGGUGUACAUGCAUAGUAGUAACCAAUAAUUUUUUCUUUAUCUUUUUAAAA